AUGGAGUCGCGAGGCAGCUCAGAUUGGUCUGCCCUUAUCCAUGGCGCAAUUGAUGGCCAGCUCGAGUACAUCAAAGACAUCAACGACAAGAUUCACGCAGCUCCUGAGCUAGCCUAUGAAGAGAGACAGGCUCACGACAACAUCGUCUCUGCCCUAGAAGGCCUGGGAUUUGCCGUCGAGCAGCAUGCAUUCGGUCUUGAGACUGCUUUCUGUGCUGAACGAGGGCAAGGAGGCCGUCUAGUCAUUUUCAAUGCUGAAUAUGACGCCCUUCCCGGCAUAGGUCAUGCAUGCGGUCACAACCUAAUCGCUUCGGCAAGUUUUGCUGCCUUUCUGGGUGUCGCUGCGGCCCUCGAAAAGUCCGGUGUCCAGGGCCGAGUGCGGCUCUUGGGCACCCCUGCGGAGGAAGGCGGUGGAGGCAAGCUGAAGCUCAUCGAGGCCGGCGCCUACAAGAACUGCUCGGCAUGCCUCACGGUCCACCCGGGGCCCGGGUAUCGUUUGUCCUCCCCCGUUCGCGGCGUGUCCUAUGUCCCUAUGUUGGCCAAUGUCAAGAAGCGCGUCUCCUUCACGGGCAAGGAGGCCCAUGCCGCCAUCGCUCCUUGGGAGGGGGUGAACGCGUUGGACGCCGUGUGCCUUUCAUACAACGCCAUCGCCAUGUUGCGGCAGCAAAUACGACCAUACGAGCGUCUUCACGGAGCGACACCAAAGCCCACGCAGAAGCCCUAUGGCAGAGGGUCCUCAAGUGCUUCGAGGGGGCCGCACUGGCGACCGGUUGCGAGUUCGAGGUAG